CCCCUGACGCUCAGCACGGCCACCCCGUAGCUCGCUGCACUAAAGGACUGUGGCAGUGCCGACCCAGUUCGGUACUUAGGACCGAGAACGUUAGGCUAAGAGUACGACGCAGUCAGCGCGGUCCCCGGGCCGCGCUGCGCACCACACGAGCGCAGAGGGCGACGCCCGCAGCGCCCGAGCCUCAGGAGCCAGCCCCUUGCCCUCGACACACCGGGACCUACUGACUGGGGAGCGCAGCGCCGGGGCUGCGCGGCCGCAAAGGAGCUCUCGCGUGUCGUAAAAGGGCCGCACGCGGGCACGGCUCCGCCAGACGGCUGGGGCUCCAUUUUGGACGCCGACUCGGCUGUGGAAAGUUUGGAGGACCUGUUGCUCGUCACGGAGGCGCUCCCGCCGAGCUCGGCUCCGCGUCCGGCGCUCGCGGUCGGCGGCCCGGCCUCCCGGGCUCGGCGAGCAGGCCCGCGGCGGGGCGGCGGGGCGGCGGCGCCGCGAUGGGGCCGGCGGGCGCGGACGAGCGGCCGGGGCCCGAGCAGCCCCGCGCGCGCCCCCGGAGCCCCGCGCGCGCCGCCCUGGAGCGCGAGCACGUGCGCGCGCACCUGCGGGCGCGCCUGAUGCUGUUGGAGGUGAGCAUCCUGCUGGAGCGGCUGGAGGGCGAGGUGGCCGCGGUGGAGGGCGCCGUGGGGCAGGGCCGCUGCGGGAGCGGCGAGGCGGAGGCGCGGGUGCUGCAGCUGUGCGAGAGGGCGGAGAGGAAGGCCGCCGAGGUGGCGCGCGUGGGGCGGAGGAUCGUGGAGCUCCACGGGCAGAUGGACGGCUGCGGCUUCUCCUGACGGUCGCGGGGGAAGCUUGAGGUCAGAGUUCUGCAAGAGAGAAGACACUACUUGGACGCAGCUGCUGAAACAAGAAGCCGGACCCCAGUCAGGGAGGUGGAUGCCACCGCUUUGGAUCGGAUUGAGAGGCCCCCCAGGGGCUGUCGGGCGCGGAGAGUGAUGUCCCCGCUUUGGGAUUCUGCAGUCCGUCAGCUCGGAGGAGGAGAGCUGUGUUGUUUCCUUUUCUUUGUUUGCUUGUUUGUUUUUUCCAGAAGCAUAAUGUUUUCUGUGGCAUGUAAACUGGUGCACUCUGUGUAACGUGUCUGGUAAGCACCGUAGACUAGAGGAUCAGUUCUGGGUGCCGUGAAUUUUGGCUGAGUUUGAGGUAAACCUUUUUGAUCCAGUCGCGAGUUUCAGGAGCUUCUGCGCCUCAGCUGCACAUGACAGCUGCGUGGCCUGGAGGGUUUGGGGGAGGACCUGGAGCUGACGGGCCCCACACCGAUAGCAGGGAGCACCUUCCAGGCUUAGAUGACACCCGGCCGAGGUCCUCAGAGCAGAGCUCCCAGGAACUGAGAGCAGAGCUCUAGCUUGUAAAGUCUGUUUUCCUGGAAAACACGCAUUGAAAGCCAGUUUUAAGAAUCUUUCUGCAAAUUACCAAAGCCAUUGACUCGGCCAGGAAAUGGUGAGAUAAAUAAUAAAUUGUUUUCACAACGACA